UGCCCUUCUGGAAUGUAUCAGGCUGACGUCGCGAUAUUAGAGUCCGGCGCGGACUGCUUUUGGCGGUGCACCUGGCCGUGUUGCAAAUGAAAAUAGCUGCGGUGCGACGAAGGCGGUGGUCGCGAGGGUAAAUAGGAAUAGGAUGGCUGCAAGAGCGGUGCAGAUAGCUGGGAAGAGGCAGCGGGGUGCUUGAUACGUCGACACUUUGACGGCCGGUGGGGUGGUCGAAUGGGAUGGGUGGAGGAUGCGUGUUGGUAUGACUAAGGAAGGAGCGAACCAGGAUGGCCCAAUCAGACGCGUGUUGGUCCGUUUCAGGCGUCGGUACACCCGCUCUGCAGCCCUGGACCUCUCCGCAGGCCGCCUCGCAGACCACCCGGCAAGGCGAGCGCGCGGCUCCAGCGCGGUGAUGCGAACGCAAAGGGUGCGAAUCAACGGCGCGAAAGGAAAUUGUGCGAGCGUGAUGAGGCGUGACGACAUGGCCGACCACAGCCAGCGGCGGCUCGCGACGAAAGCGGAGGACGAGAUGGUGAAGACACGACGCCAUCACACCAGGAGCCCGCCCGGCGCAGUGAGUGGUCUGGCGAAGAUUCGUGAGGGCAGGAGCCUGGAGGAGCGCAGACGGGAUAUGAUGAGGGAACCCCUGCGCUCCCAGUCACGGCAAAGUUUCACGACGAAAACAAACGCUCAUACAUGCCUCUUUGGAUGUGCGCACACGCGGCCGGCUCGCCCACGGCCUCGUCCAGCUGCGCCGUACUCUCCGUCUGCCGGCGUCGCACACAGCUGCUGGAGCCGCAGCGCGAUGCUGCUUCUCGCUGCAGCAGAAGCCACCUGGGCGGGCGAUACUGUACACCUGGGCCGUAGAGGGCAGCUAGCACAGAACAGGGGCGGGAGCGGUGGCUGGCGUAUAGCGACCCUGGCGACAGGGACGCCGCCGCCGAUUGGCCCGUUUCACCGCCUGCCCCUGAGCGCAGCGGCCGUGCAGCUUCGCCGUCGCUCGUGCCGUGCACCGACUAGCCCGUUUGGCUGCCUCCCCCCCAGUCGCUUGCCCGUCCCUGCCCGUCCCUGCCCUUGCUCAGGGCCCUUCCCGUGGCCGCCGGACCUCCUUCGCUCACACUCGCGGCCUCUCCUCCCAGCCCUCGCCCACGAGAGCCUGAACAGCCUCAAUUCACCGGCGCUCCACAUCCGCACACCGCUGUGCUGUGCUGCUUCCUCUCCUUUACCUGUCCGCUGGCACGCCUCACCCGCCUCUUUGACAGAGUCUUCCCCCGUCGCUCUCUGUGCUAGUGCCUGGCUACGCUGUCUCGACCUGGACCUGCCUCUGGAGUCGCUGUCUGAGCCACCGUCGCUCUUGAAAACCGUCUUCGAUUCGAGUAGGUCGCGCUUUCUCGCCUUCGCCGCCUCUCCACUUACGCCUGUCGACCCAGACUGCCCUUUCGACUUGCUCGCGCGCGACCCGACCGUGUUGCCUCCCAUUGUCGUGCUCGCCGACCGUCGGGCAGCUGAAGCAAACUAGACACGCUGCGCUCCAGCCGCUUCCAAAGUUUGUCCGCACCGGAGUACCUUCCAAGGUUGAACGAGACUUCUAGAGCUCGCGUCCGUCGCUCUUCGAACACAGGCGCCCGCUGCUGGAGGGAGCCGACCAUUGACAUUCACUCGAGAAUACCCC